AUGGCCGCGCAGUCGACGCUGCGGCAUUCGGCCGCCGAGGAGGCCAUCGCUGCCUUCAUCGACAAAUACACCGAACUCAUCCGCUCAAAAUUGCGCAACACAUCCCGAAUCACUCGUCUUCUCGCCACACUUGCUCUCGCGACAACAAUCAUUCUGGGGGGCGCGGGCGCUCGCCAACGAUGGAAGCGCAGACGCGAGGAGCGAGAACAGGGGAGGAAACUGGUGCGCACCAACUCUUGGCUGCACAACAAAGACGGCUCCCGCACCAUCUACGUCCCGUACCAAGAGCGUGACGGCCCGGCGAAGGUGGUUAUCCAUACCACCAAGCCCCUUACCUUCCAAGCCCAUCGUCGUCUGUUCUUAAACCCACCUAAAGUGUCUGGUUUGGGCGACGGCGUGGUCCCCUCGACUCAGACUAAGCCCGGCCUUAACCUGGCCUUCCUACACCAAUUCCUCAGCCUCAUGAGCAUCAUGAUUCCCCGAUGGAACAGCAAGGAGUCUGGCCUGCUCUUGAGUCACGCCAUCUUCCUGAUGAUGCGUACCUACAUGUCGUUAGUUGUGGCCCGUCUCGACGGAGAGAUUGUGCGCGACCUCGUCGCAGGGAACGGCAAGUCGUUCAUAUGGGGUUUGAUCAAGUGGUGCGGGCUUGGCAGUAUUGCUUCGUACACGAAUGCCAUGAUCAAAUUCCUCGAAUCCAAGGUCUCGAUUGCGUUCCGCAGCCGGCUUACUCGGUACAUUCACGACCUGUACCUCAACGACAAUCUAAAUUAUUACAAGAUUCAAAACUUGGACGGCGGCUUGGGAUCAGGGGCCGACCAAUUCAUCACCCAAGACCUGACACAGUUCUGUAAUGCAGCUGCGAACCUCUAUUCGUCACUCGGGAAACCGUUCGUGGAUAUCUGUGUUUUCAAUUACCAGCUCUACCAUUCUCUCGGCCCGCUCGCUCUCAUCGGCCUAGCGAGCAACUACUCCAUCACCGCAAGCAUGCUUCGCAAACUGUCCCCGCCAUUCGCCAAGUUAAAGGCCGUUGAGGGCAGAAAGGAAGGCACCUUCCGCAGUCUCCAUGCGCGCUUGAUUGCGAACGCCGAGGAGAUCGCCUUCUAUGGUGGUGCCGAGACGGAAAAGACAUUCUUGGAUAAAGAGUUUAAGUCGCUCUCCAAGUGGAUGAAUGGAAUCUACUUGGUCAAGAUUAGGUACAAUAUGCUCGAGGAUUUCAUCCUCAAGUACAGCUGGAGCGCCUACGGCUACCUUUUGUCGUCGGUCCCCGUCUUCCUCCCCGCCUGGGCCGGCGUCGGUGGCAAGCUGGAGCAGCUCGAGCACGCUGCUGGAACCGGUCGCGAGCGGUCACGAAUGAAGGACUUCAUCACCAACAAGCGACUCAUGUUGUCACUGGCAGACGCCGGUGGCCGCAUGAUGUACUCAAUCAAGGACCUCUCGGAGUUAGCAGGUUACACCAGCCGGGUGUACACACUCAUCUCGACGCUGCACCGGGUCCACGCGGCCGCCUACCAAGUUAAGGGCGGGGAUGGCGAGUUGUUCUCCAUGUCGGACGUUCAAGGAACAACACAAUUGGGAUUUGACGGCGUCAGGCUUGAAAACGUCCCGAUCGUUGCCCCGCAAGUGUGGCCCCAGGGCGGCGAGGAGCUCAUCGAUUCACUAUCCAUGGUUAUUCGCAGUGGGGAUCAUCUGCUCAUCUCCGGCCCCAACGGUGUUGGCAAGACCGCCAUUGCCCGAGUUAUCGCCGGCCUCUGGCCCGUCUACCGUGGGUUGGUCAGCCGGCCCAAGGCCAACGGCGAGGAUGGCAUCAUGUUCCUGCCUCAGCGGCCUUACCUUAGUAUCGGCACUCUCCGCGACCAGGUCAUCUACCCUGACGGCGAGGCUGACAUGCGCCUAAAGCGGAAGAACGACUCGUUCCUCAAGUAUGUCUUAGAUCUGGCCCGCCUCGGCUACCUUCCCGACCGCGAGGGCGGAUGGGAUACUCGGAAGGAGUGGAAGGACGUGUUGAGCGGAGGUGAAAAGCAGCGCUUGGCAAUUGCCAGGCUGCUCUACCACGAGCCGAAAUACGCGUUCAUCGACGAGGGUACGAGUGCCGUCUCUAGUGAUGUCGAAGGGCUGCUGUACGAAACCUGCAAGGAGAAGGGCAUCACACUAAUUACCAUCUCUACCCGUGCUUCGCUCAAGAAAUACCACACCUUCAACCUCGUUAUCCAGGGCGACCGCAAUGACGAACGCUGGGAACUCCAGCGUAUCGGCACCGAGUCGGAGAAAAUGCACGCUAGGCGCGAGCUGGAGGAACUCCGCGAGAAGUUGGCGCAAGUCGACCAGUGGAAGGCCCGCCACGCCGAGAUCGAGCGCGAGCUCGGCAAGGUGUGGGUGGAGGGCGGCGAAUCCCCGCUUGGGGAGUCGGUUGUGGAGGAUGCCCAAGUCGUCGGGGCUGGUGUUCAGGAUGGAGGUGAUGUGGAGGUUGUGGCGGCGGAAGAGCAGCACGAGCAGAUGGAGGAAGCGGAGGUGGAGGAACCUGCUUCUGGGACUACGACCGAUCAUCAAGAAACGGAAACCGAGGCGGACUACGAGGAAGCCCAAGAAGAGAUGGACGAGGAGACGGAAACGGAGACGGAGGUGGGCACGAUGCCUACGCAGGAAAGUGGCGAGGGGAAGAGCAGCGGCGGAGAAGGUUCAGGGGUCAUUGUAUAA